AUGAGCAAACGAUCGUUUAUUAUUGAGCAUAUGGAGGACGAUGUACACGAGUGGUGUGUACUUGAGUACAAGCACAUGUUGAUGAACAUUGGUCCUGAUCACCUCUACUUCUCUGGACUUACUCAGAAAUGCCUUGAAAGUGGAAUGCCCGAGGAAUUGAAGAAGGCUAAUUGUCACCAGGAAGAUGUUCUCCACUUGCCUAAUGUGGAUCCAAGUGAGAUCUGCCUGUUGGAUCCAGCUGGUACUUCUGAAUUGGCACCAGAAGAUGGUGACAAGUUUAAAUACUUUUUGUUUGGUGGUAUUUUGGGUGACGAUCCUCCAAAAGAUCGUACAAAGGAACUUCGUAAGCUUGGAUUUGCUGGCAGAAGACUGGGCCCUGUGCAGAUGACAACAGAUACAGCUGUCAAUGUGACUAAGCGUGUGGUUGAAGAUCGCAUUCCUUUGGAUAAGAUUCCAUAUAUUGAUUACCCAGAGUUGAAGUUCUCUCGUCACGAGUCAGUGACAAUGCCUUUCCGUUACAUCGCAAACCUAAAGACAAUUGUUACAAAGGAUGGUAAAGAAAAGGUUAUCAAGAAGCCAUUGAUGCCUCCUGGUAUGUUGGAAUUGAUCAAGAAAGACAAUGAUGAGUCUCUUGAAUUUUAA